UCAACUCCUUUGAUGUUGGCAGCUCAUCGUGGACAUGUAGACACAGUGCGAUAUCUUGUGGAAAGUGGAGGCGCAGAUCCAGAAGCUGUGGACAAGUUUGGGCGUACACCAUUACACUUGGCAUGUAUGCAAGGUCAUUUCAAUGUGGUAUAUUAUCUAUUGGCUCAAGGUGUGGACGCAGACUCGGAAGAUUCAUCAAGUAAUCGACCUUCUCAUUAUGCUGCUGCUUUUGGCUUUCUUCCUGUUCUUCGGCUCUUGGUGGUCAUGGGUAAGGUGGAUCUCAGUGCUGUCAAUGUGUGGCAUACCAGUCCUCUCUCGAUCGCUAACCUCAAAGGUCAUUUCUCCGUUGUCAAGUAUAUUCUG